AUGAUCACAGGCUUCGGGUCUACGGCUCCAAAAAUAACAGCUCCAAACUCAACUGAAGGACAACCAGACCCAUGGGUUUUAACAAACACAGAUGCCACAGCAUAUGCCGAAUACAUUUACACCCCACUCCCAGAAGGGCUACCGAAUUUCAUUCGGGUCCUGGGCCUCCUGCCAGGCCCAAAAGGCUCCCCGAUCGAAAUCGAAAUAUAUGAUACUCCGCUCCACGGACGCCUUGCGCUCAAAUAUGAGGCGCUCUCCUACGAAUGGGGAAUUUCACUCUGCCCAAAGCCCAAACUUGACGGUCCAUAUGUCUUCGACGCCACAGAAGAUGUGGUGGAGAAGGGGAAACAGGUGCAGCUUAUGAGAGAGGUGUAUCGGAGUGCGGAGAGGGUGCUGUUUUGGAUCCAAGGCGACCAAGUGGAAGGAGGAGGGAGGAGAGAUGCAUUCAACUUGAUCCCGAGACUGGCGAGAGCAUGGGAGGAACAGGACGCUGGUCGGGACCUCGAUUUUUCAGGCCCACUGAAGACGAAGGUGGAAUGGGAUGAUAAAUUGUUUGAUGAGAGGGAGACGAAGCAGUUCGACCGAUUGCGCAGCUUGUUCUCGCGGCCUUAUUUUGGACGGAUUUGGAUUGUGCAAGAGGUGGUACUUGCGCAAAGUGAACGUGCUCGAGUCGUUUGCGGAGAUUUAGAGUGUGCGUGGGGUGCUUUCUACCAGGCGUUCUGUUUUUUGUUGCACUCAAGGUUAAGGUUCGUAGGUAGGGGGCAUGGUAAAACAGUAUGCAAGGAUUAUAUGCCGCUUUUAGCAGUGGCAGCGGUUAAGAAGGACUAUGAGGCUGACCAUGCAAGUUGGAGGACGACAAGCGGAGCAAGGAACUUGCAUAUCAUAAUGAGGAACUUCUUGGGGCAUCAAGUGACCGACCCUAGGGAUAGAAUUUAUGGUAUGCUCGGUUUAGUGGAGAGCAAGAGGAUUCCAGCGUUGCUACCCGAUUACCCUAAGACGGUCCAGGAGACAUAUCGGUAUGCGACGGAAUGGUCUCUCAGAGAUUCAGACUCGCUGGCUGUUAUUACCCUCUGCGACUCGGUUUGGUUUAAAGAGAUGAAGGACAUGCCAUCUUGGGCUCCGGAUUUAACGAUAGGACUACUAAAGUGUCGCCUGGGUCGACACACAAGACUUUUAGAUCUAUUUCGACCCCUAUUUAUACCCCCGACUAUCAAAGGGGCAACGCUCACCACAAGGGCUCUAGUAUUCGACAUCGUAACCUCAUUCCAAAACCCAUUUACACCAGCCAAUAUGGGUUGGAUAAUGCUACAGCAAUUCCACAACUACUGUCUUGACAAGUAUCCAUACCCUUGCAGUGAAGGUAAUACUAGCAGACUAGAGGCGCUCUGGCGAACCCUUCUUACCAACCGCGUCGACGCCGUGGAAGUAGCAAGCCCAUCAUAUAGCGCACACUUCAAUAACAUGAUGUCUACCGGCUUCCUCAAAUCCCUAGGUCUUCCAUUACGUCUUACUGGCCGAGAGCCCUCCCUUCUAACUACUGCAUCGGAACCCGAACAUCGCAACCUCUUAGUCCUCUUCCCUACCGAUAUCCAGAACGACAUUUCAAUCCUUGCGCUUAUCUCCAAGAAUCCUUUAUUGCAAUUCCUCUAUUCCUGUCUAUCAAGUGGCGAUGGGCGGCUGUUCGACGAGCAAGUGCAGUGCCAUAACACGUUGACCGAGGGCGAUAGGGGCCGGCAGUUUUUUACUACCUUGAAAGGCUACUUUGGUUUCGGUCCCCCGAGCCCGUUUGCCCAAGGCAAAAUGGUGGAUGGUAAGCGGCCUAUGCUUAAGGGAGUAGGUGUGAGGACAUAUAAUGUUGUGGCUGUUCUGGCUGGGUGUGAAAGCAUUCUAAUCUUGCGUGCGGAGGCAGGCAUAAAAGGGGUGUAUAGGAUUGUUGGAAAUGCGUAUGUUUAUGGCCUUUGUGAAGGGAUGCGUUUUAAUGAAGGCCGCCUUCCUGAUAUGGAAAUGGUGACCAUUAUAUGA